GGACGUCGAGCGGAGCAGGACACGAGGAAGGAUUUUGCCGGCUUUCUUCUAGCGAUAUGGGGGCGAAACAGAAAGAGAUCUUUGAGUAUCUCCGUUCGGUGGAUUGCUGUCGAGUGUGCUGCUUGCGGUUUCUAAAGCCCACCAAAGAGUCUUUCAACGAUAUUGAUGCCGCGCUGGCAAAGCUUAAUCUCGUGGAUCCUACUGAAAGCGAGGAAAAUGGAGAGCAAAAGAGUAAAAAGGUGAAGGAAAACGUCUGUAUCGCCUGUCUAGGUUUGUUCGACUCACUCGAUUCGCUAGCGGACGAAGUGAAACAGAGUGAAACCUUCCAGCGGUACAGUAAGUGUGAGGCCGGAUUUUUCGCAUCCAUCUCCCUGCCGCUUGUCCUUCACCUACGGCAACUUUCGCUCUGGUACGACGUGGUAGAACGUUUCCCCGCCAACUACGAUAAGUUAACAUUUCCCGACAUCGCGGUGAAGGAUGCACUGAAGACGGUACUCAUCCAUCACCUCGAACGGACACUCGGUAAACCAUUCUCCGUCGAUGGUGUGAUGGUGACGGUUCCCUUUACCUACGAGCACGAACAAAAGGAGCUGCAAGCACUGGAGCGGAUCCGCCCAGGAAUAUUCGCCGAGCGAAAGGCACAAAAGCAUACACGAAAGGAAUUCCUAACACUGAAUGCAUUCGAAAAGCACUUCACACCGGAUAUGAUCGACGUGAAUCUGUUCCGCACGCACUACUCGGUUCCUCCGGUGUCUUCCGAGAACGUUGGCUUAGUGAGAGGGGAAAUUUCUGUCACCGGGCCCACCAUGUUCGUCGCCGGAAGGUACAACAAGUGGUCACGAAAACUCAGCCAGACACCGUGGGUCAUCGAAGGGAAGCGGUUGAUGGAGGGAAGUGUACAGGAAACGCUAGAAGCAGCCAUUGCACCGCACUUUGGUGUUCCGGAAGGUCAGCUCAUAUUUUCCUCUAGCGGUCGCGAAGAUGUCGAUGUGCGUUGCCUCGGAGAAGGCAGACCGUUUGUGCUGGAAAUCCCAAAUGCCCUAACAGACCAGCUACCGGAACAGGUCGCUGUGGCGAUGGAGCAGGCGGUGGAAGCAUCGGGCACGGUAUCGAUCCGAGAUUUGCAGCUAGUGAAGCGCACCGAUCUUGUCCAUAUCCACGGGAAUGAGAGUGAUAAGCGCAAGUUCUAUCGGGCACUUUGCGUGACGACAGAACCGGUCAAUGGGGAAAUGAUUCGUAAACUACGCGUCGAUAAGACUAUCGAGCUGCAGCAGGUAACACCGUUGCGUGUGCUGCACCGGCGACCGUUACUCAAGCGCUCGAGACACAUUUACCGUCUGCAGGCAUGGGCCGUUCGGGACAAUCCGCACGCCAUGGUGAUCGAACUCGAGACAGAGGCCGGCACGUACAUCAAGGAGUUUGUGCACGGCGAUUUCGGACGAACGAAACCGAACAUUCGCGAAAUGAUCGGAGUGCCGAUCGAUAUUCAUGCGCUCGAUGUGAUGGCCAUCGAUCUCGAUUGGCCACAGCGACUGCGACGGUGAUCCGGUUUGAUCAAAUAAAAGAAAUGGCAUACAUUAAAGCUACUUGUACUUUGAAUAUUGUUUGAUCCGACACAUUCACAUUUCA